AUGAGCCAGGUUCUGUUCCAGGAACUAGUCCCGCUGCAGGUGAAAUGCAAAGACUGCGAGGAGAGGAGAGUAAGUGUUAGAGUGAGCAUUGAACUACAAUCAGUUUCUAAUCCAGUUCACAGAAAGGAUUUAGUUAUCCGUCUGACUGAUGAUACCGAUCCAUUUUUUCUGUAUAACCUUGUUAUAUCUGAGGAAGAUUUUCAGAGUUUAAAAUUCCAACAAGGCCUUCUGGUAGACUUCUUAGCUUUCCCACAAAAAUUUAUAGAUCUUCUUCAGCAAUGUACUCAAGAACAUGCCAAAGAAAUUCCAAGGUUUUUGCUGCAGUUAGUUUCUCCAGCACCUAUUUUGGAUAACUCACCUGCCUUUUUAAAUGUGGUAGAGACAAAUCCUUUUAAGCAUCUUACACACCUCUCACUAAAACUUUUACCUGGAAAUGAUGUGGAAAUAAAGAAGUUUUUAGCCAGCUGUUUGAAAAGUAGCAAGGAAGAAAAAUUAUCAUUGAUGCAAUCACUAGAUGAUGUUACUAGGCAACUGAAAUUCACACAAAAGACCUUAUCAGAAAAAGUGCAAGAAUUAGAUAAGUUACAGAAUGAAUGGGCAUCACACACAGCUGCAUUGUCAAAUAAACAUUCCCAGGAACUAACAAAUGAGAAAGAAAAGGCCUUGCAGGCACAGGUACAAUGUCAACAGCAGCAUGAACAACAGAAAAAAGAUUUAGAAAUCCUCCAUCAACGAAACAUCCAGCAGCUACAAAACAAAUUAUCUGAGUUAGAAGCGGCUAAUAAGGACCUAAUGGAAAGAAAAUAUAAAGGAGACUCUACCAUCAGAGAACUGAAAACAAAACUCUCUGGUGUUGAAGAGGAGCUCCAGCGGGCUAAGCAAGAAGUCCUCUCUUUGCGAAGAGAAAAUUCUACCCUAGAUGCUGAAUGCCAUGAAAAAGAAAAGCAUAUUAAUCAGCUACAAACAAAAGUGGCUGUUUUAGAACAGGAAAUCAAGGAUAAGGACCAGCUUGUUUUAAGAACAAAAGAAGCAUUUGAUACAAUCCAGGAACAAAAGGUGGCUUUAGAAGAAAAUGGUGAGAAAAAUCAGGUACAACUAGGAAAACUUGAAGCUACAAUAAAAUCAUUAUCAGCGGAACUUCUUAAGGCAAAUGAAAUUAUCAAGAAGUUGCAGGGAGAUCUGAAAACUUUAAUGGGUAAAUUGAAACUGAAGAAUACAGUAACUAUUCAGCAAGAGAAACUCUUAGCUGAGAAGGAAGAAAAAUUACAAAAGGAACAAAAGGAAUUACAAGAUGUUGGACAGUCUCUCCGAAUUAAAGAGCAAGAGGUGGUGAAUAUUUUCUGUUUUUGCAUGUGUGACUAUUUGCAAAGUUUAACAAAUUUUCUUAGAUUAAUCACAUGGUUAAAUAAAGAACUAAAUGAAAAUCAACUAGUGAGAAAGCAAGAUGUAUUGGGACCAUCCACCACUCCGCCUGUACAUUCGAGCAGCAACGCAAUCAGAAGUGGGAUUUCUCCUAAUUCUAAUGUGGUUGAUGGUAGACUUACUUACCCAGCCUGUGGGAUUGGUUAUCCUGUCUCCUCUGCAUUUGCAUUCCAGAAUACCUUUCCUCAUCCUAUAUCUGCCAAAAAUAACAUCCAUCCAGUUUCAGGACCAAAGGUUCAGUUUAACUUGCAGUUUACAAAACCAAAUACGUCACUAGGAGAUGUUCAAACAGGAACAACUAUUAGUAUGCCUUGCUCAACUGAUAAGGAAAAUGGUGCAAAUUUAGGGCUGGAAUCCAAAUAUCUGAAGAAAAGGGAAGAUAGCAUUCCUUUACGCGGACUCAGCCAAAAUCUGUUCAGUAAUCCAGACCAUCAGAAAGAUGGCACUUUCGGAGCAGUACAGACAUCUUCAAAGCCCCCUGUGCUCCCUUCUGCACCGUCAGCCUAUUUCCCUGGGCAGUUAGCGAACAGUUGA